UUCAAGGAGGUUCUCGGACUGGUUAAAGACUCGCAUUGCAGUUGGUGGUCUCAUCGAUAAAGAAACAUCUUGAUUUCGUAACUUUCAUAAGCAAAGAAAUAUACACGAAAGAGAUUGUUUACUGGAAAAUUAGUGGAGUAAUGCAGAUCAAAGAUAAACGAGUUAUAGUAACUGGAGCAGCAAGUGAUGUGGGUCUAGCAUUUAGUAAGGAGCUGCUGCGAAAUGGCGCUUUGAUGAUAGUUAUGAUCGAUAUAAAGCAAUGGAUUGGAGAACAAGCUGUAGAGAGUUUAAACAAUGAGUUUGGCCGCAAACGAACUGUAUUUCUUUGCUGCGAUGUAACAAAUAAUUUCGAAUUUGACACCAAGUUGAAAGAGGCAAUUAGCAUUCUCGGUGGACUGGACAUUUUAAUAAACAAUGCAGGCAUAAUAAAUGAAACUGAUUUUUCCAAAACUAUCGAUGUUAAUGUUACAGCUGUGAUUCGUGGGACUCUUCUGGGGAUUCAACAAAUGCGAAAGGAUUCUGGUGGCAAGGGUGGUAUUAUCGUAAAUAUUUCGUCCAUUGCCGGAUUACGAGCUGUAUCUCAGCUUCCAGUAUAUUCUGCUACAAAACAUGCCGUGGUUAGUUUCAGCCGUUCCUUUGCGCAACCUUAUCAUUACGAAAGGACUAAUGUAAAAGUAAUUGUUCUGUGUCCCGGUUUGACCGACAUUCCACAAGAUGUAUCGCAGAAUAUUUCAAAUGUUAGUUUACAGAAUGAUCGACAUCAGAGGGUGGAGAGCGUUGCUCAUGGAUUGAUAUACGUAAUUCGAUGCGCACAGAACGGCAGUGUAUGGAUUAGCGAGGAUGGAAAACCGGUUUUUGAAGUGCAGCUUCCCGAUACUUUGCCGCAAAAAACUGAAGUCGAUUUUUAUGUUAUAGAGCCAAGUUUGAGAAUCGUUCGUCGUCGUUCUUCAGCAUCCGAAAGGGCGAAAGAGAUAGAAGCGAUCAAUUGCAUUGUUUCUGGAAAAAAUGUUCUAAUAACUGGCGGUGCAGCAGGAUUGGGCUACGCCUUUCUUAAUCAUUUCUUGAAGCACGGAGCAAAGAAAAUAAUUAUAUUGGAUAUCGAUGCUGAAACUGGCAAACGAAUUGAGCUCGGUGUUGAAAAAUCUUGCGGCGAGAAGAAAGUACACUUCAUACAUACUGACGUAUCUAAUCAUAAACAUAUGACUGAAGCUUUUGAAGAAGCAUCAACGCUAUUAGGAAACAUUGACAUCGUGAUAAAUAACGCUGGCGUUUUAGAUGAACGAAGAUGGGAGAAGGAAAUCUCGGUCAACAUUGGAGGCAUGGUCAGCACCGCAAUGCUAGCUGUACAAUAUAUGAGCAGAGAUACGGGCGGUCACGGUGGUAUCUUAGUAAACGUGAGCCAGCAUGUGGAUAUUCGAAACACAGCUCAACUUCCGGUUUACACUGCCACGAAGCACGCCGUCAUCGGUCUAUCGCAGUCUCUAUCGGAUCCUUAUCACUACGAGAAGACCGGUGUUACCGUGAUAACUUUGUGUCCAGGACUAACGGAGACCGCCUUAACAGUAGAUAGCCCUAAUAAACUUCUUUCCAGAGUCAUGAAAGCAGAUUUCGUUAAGAAUCUUGAACAGUUCCCGAUACAAACGCCUUACAUAGUCGCGCAGGGUCUGAUGACGAUAUUAAGGAUCGGUGAGUCUGGCAGUAUUUGGGUUAUCGAGAGCGGCAAAGCGCCUUACGAGGUUUAUGUACCGAAUCCGCGUACUCUGCGUCGUCAUUAUAAGAACAACUUCCCACACGUUGUUGAUACUAAGGUCGCGGAAGGUCGCGCGAUAAGAGAAGUCUGCGACAGUACGAGGACAGGUUUGAUGAGCUGCGCCUGA